AGUAAAUGGAGAGAUCAACGGAAAUGGAUGUGGGUACGCCAAGCUUUGUUGCGGGGCAACGUCCGUCGGGAGCCGUGGACCGAUUGUUUCAGUCGAGCGUUGGCUCGGCGUCCAGCAUGGCGCGCUCUGACGAGGAGAGCCUGGUGCCGUCGGAGGAUGUGCCGUCUCGCCACUCGGUCGUCUCGGACCUGGAGCCCAUGUUCCGGCCGCUGCGCGUCACACCCUGCAUAGCCGUCCACAUGGUGCUGCUGGUGGCGCUGCUGCUGGCUGUGCUGCUGCUGCCGUUCCCCUUCUUCUGCAAAUAUGACGACUGCGGCCUGGAGACAUGCACACUACAGACGCUGCUGCACAUCGUUCCUGGAUCUGCAGCGGGGUGA